GUGGGAGGAGGUACCGCAUUUGAGAUGUCCAUGACUGCAGACAGUGCCUGCACUCCCUGCUGGAAUGCAGUGAGAAGCUUCCGUCGUCACCCUGGCAAGGCAUCCUGGGGCCUGUGCUUGUGGCUAUUUUGGUCCAUCUUUUUAUCACACACUCCUCCCUGUGGAAUUCACCCAAUUAAAACCUUGCAGUCUGCAGCCUUCACUCUCAGAGGCAGUGAGUGCUUGGAAAGACACACCAUGGCUGCAAGGACUGUCCCCCAUGCCUACCCCAUGAGUUCGGAGUAUGAGUUUGCCAACCCUAGCAAGAUCUAUGACCAGAACUUUGGAGAAGGUGUGUCCCCAUGUGAGAUCUUAGCACCUGCUCUGUACCAUGGCUACUACAUCAGGCCUCGGAUCAAUAAGCAGCUGGAUCGAGGCACCUCCGAGAUCAGCCUCAAUGAGCACAAAUUCGAAGUAUUCCUGGAUGUCUGUCACUUCCUGCCGGAUGAGCUCACUGUCCGCACUGUGGACAACCUGCUGGAGGUGGUGGGGCAGCACCCACAGAAGGCUGACCGCCAUGGCUUCAUCUCUCGAGAGUUCACCAGGACCUAUAUCCUUCCUCUGGAUGUUGACCCCUUGCUGGUGAGAGCCACGUUGUCCCAUGAUGGCAUUUUAAGCAUUGUGGCUCCCCGGACAGGGAAGGAGAUAAAGGCCAGAGUCAAUGAGGUGAAGAUAACUCAACAAAAGGAGCCAGUGGGGAAAGAAGAACAGUCUGGGGAAGGAAAAGAGAAGAAAGAGUCCUAAAGGCCCCUAAUCUGGGCUUUCAUAGGGAAGGUGGGCGGGACAGGGAUGGGGAAUCCAUGGUGCCAGACCCCUAUUUCCCAUCAUCAGUGUUUAGCAGGGCUGUGAGCAGCCAUAUAUAUGCCAGAUUUUUGCUUCUUAAGGCUGAUGGCUGGGAAAAGGGACUUGGAACCAAAAAAAGAGGGGAUCUAAAGUGUUGGUGUGAGGGACUGUAAUGUGAAUUUUCUCCUAGGUCAGGUGCUCAUUGAGCAUCAUGCAGGGUGCUCUCCUCUCAUCCCAUAUGGGUCACUCUUGGCCUAAACUGUGAGGCUGUGUCACAGUGGACUGUUAAACAGCUGCUUUGCUCUAGCCUGGAAGGGUACUGGGAAGAGGGAAGAGAUGAUCCCAGUGUCUUGCUUCUGACCUUUAUGGAGAUGAAAGGUGCUUGUUGGUCUGUAAAAGUGCCUGCAGCUCUCAGGAGGAAAGAGGAAUAAAUCUGCCUCUGAUCUU